GUUGCAUUAGUAAAAGAUGAUUUCCCGAGAUACUAUUCUGGGGCUUGCCUUGCUUGUUUUGGCUGCAGAGGCUCAGCUGUCCCCCAAAGUAAUCGAAACCAAGGAAACAUUCCUUCACGAGCUGCAUUCUCUGCAAGAUGUGAUCCCCAAGGAUCGCACGGUUCAUACAAAUGAGCACCAGAGUGCACUGGAAAUCUACCGAAUAUUUGAUGAAUUCCUUACACAGAAUCAGGAAAGUAUUGACGCAGUGCUGCGUGUUCUCAAACUCAUCGAUCACAAUUUGGAAAAUGUGAUUCAGGAUUGUGUGAAAAUUUUCGAUCUCGAUUCCUUAGAUAGUAUCAACGUACUAUUUGUUCAAGUAACGAAACCGCUGCUCUACGAGGUCAGGGAUCUUUGCGAACUGAUAACCGGCAAACGAGUCGAUGAAGUUGAAAUAGCAUUGGAACAGAUUGAACGCCACGCAGCUGACUACCGGCAGCGAUUGGAUCAGGCGCUGAAAGAUAUUGCAUCCGUCACAGGUCAAGUUGGUGGUGAUCAUUUCAACGACAGAAUUCAACUAAAAGAAACACAACUCCUGACACAUCUAGAAAUGCUAAAUAAUACAUUUUCGACAGAAAUGGACCAAAACUUUACCAAAUAUUUCACCAAGUGGAUAGGAAAGUACAAACAAUUCACCUCAAUGAUUCCGGACAGUGUUGGGUACGACGCGAAUGAUCAGCCAGGAAUAGCGGCUCUGUUUAAUUUUCUGGAUUUUUUGGAUAACGAAACUAGCGUUCUACAAACCGAAUUGGACGAAUUCCUCAGUUACUGGGUGGAUUUGGUGGAUGAAACUCUAGACUCGGUGACGAACGGGUCGCUGGAAGUAGUUGAUUUUCUCGAAAACUACCCGUUGGAAAAUUUCUUGAAUGGAGAAGCUAGUUUGAAAUGUACUGCGGAGUACUAUCAAAAUCUCGAAGGGACAAUUCUGGCUGUAUUGGAUGAGUUCUAUUGGUGUGUCGACUACGAGCAAGAGAUGAUGAAAGCAUUUCUGCAAAUUGGAUCCGUUCUCGAUUCCACUGAUAAGGCGGUUGAUUUCGUUUUGGAUAGCUACAUUACCUGUGCCAAGCUGGCUGGUCAAUUUGGCAGUGAUUUGGAACUGGAGGAAUGUUUGGCGGAUCUGGACGAGCUGUUGGACCAAACCAGUGAGUUUGUUGAGCGCAAAUGCAACGAGAUCUACUAUCACGUCGAGGAUGCGAUGGUUUUCAGCGGAGUUAUAAUGGGAGCGUGUGUGCACAUGAAGGCGCGGGACGCUGUUUUUCAAGUUGGUGGAAAACUUACCGGUUUCGACGAGUGUAGUAAAAAUUGAAGUUACUUAUUUGCAAAUAAAUUCUA